AUGACCAUGCAAACCCUCAGCUGUGGAAAUGACCGUGCUGUCCUCGGCGCCACUCGGUCAGCCCAGCUUCUGGGAGCCACUGCCGGGAGCGGGCGAGGAGAAUUUCUCCUGCUGACGAGCAACCGGCUAGUCUGGGGCUGGCGUCUUCCCAGGACGCUGCUGUUUGCAUACCAGAAGGCAGAGGAGCAGGAGAAGAGGAAAAGGCAGACAGAAAUAGAAGGCAAGAGACAACAGCUUGAGGACCAGAUACUUCAGCUGCAGCAUUUCAAGGAUGAAGUUAUUAGGCGUACAUGGCAUAACAGAAUUGGCAUCCCCUUUGGCUCUGCAGAAGAGGAAGAAGCCAGAAGGAAGCAGUCAGAAGAGGAUGAGCUGAAGGUGAAAAAGCUUGAAGAAAACAUACACAGGCUGGAACAAGAAAUACAGAAAUUAGAAAGUGAGGAAUCCCAAAUAUCUGCCAAAGAACAAAUCAUUUUGGAGAAACUAAAGGAGACUGAGAAAUCUUUCGACAACUUGCAAAAGAGUUUCUCACACCAGGAUGGUGAUGCAGUAAAUUACAUUUACUCCCAGAUCCCUGAACUCCCAACCCUCUAUUCACGAACAGCAGAGCCAGUUCCUGGGCGGGACGGAGCAAGCAGAGUAGCUGCUUUGUGCACCAUGGAAAUUAAUGUGGAGAAAGACAAACAGACAGGAGAGACCAAGAUUGUCUCUGCUUCACCUAUUGGCCCAGAUGAGGCCCAUCAAAGAGGAUUCAAAGUCUAUGAUGAUGGUACCAAGGUAGUCUAUGAGGUUCACUCUGGUGGCACAGUGGUAGAAAAUGGAGUACAUAAAUUAAGCUCAAAGGAUGUAGAUGAACUUAUGCAAAAAGCUGGACAAUCAAGUGUAAAAGGAGGGUAUGAAACAAUGACUGUGUCAGACAGAAACGUGGUAGCCGAUGGAAACCUUAGCCAUAUGAAGGAGCAAAAGCUCUUCAAGGAGGCAAAGCUGGAAAUGGUACACAAACCCAGCAAAGGGCAUGCUGUGAACCCUCAGCCCCAAGACAAACCCUGCGGUGGCGAAGCCCUGGAGGCCAGUGCAGAUCAGCCGGUGACAAUGAUAUUUAUGGGUUACCAGAACAUCGAUGACGAAGAGGAGACGAAGAAAGUGCUAGGCUAUGACGAGACCAUCAAGGCAGAGCUGGUCCUCAUCGACGAAGAUGACGAGAAGUCAUUGCGGGAGAAGACAGUGACGGACGUCUCCACCAUGGAUGGGAAUGCCGCUGAGCUGGUCUCUGGCAGGCCCCUGUCGGACACGACAGAGCCCUCCUCUCCUGAGGGGAAGGAAGAGAGCCUGCCCUUGGAAGCUGCCCCAGGUACACAAAAGAAAAAGCGCUGUCAAUGCUGUAUUGUCAUGUGA